AUGAAGAACAGUACACUACAAAACACUCUGGAUAAAACCGAGCAAUGGACGAGGAUUCCGUCUGCUGAGGAGACUACAUUUGUUGUGGAUGAGAUUACCACAGUUAUCAAAGAAGCUGUUGAAAGCACCAUAGGUAACAGCUCUUACCAGCACAGUCAAAUCAACCAGUGGAUGUCAAGCAUUGUAGAGUCAAGUCUAAGCCAGCUAACUAAAUUAGGAAAGCCUUUCAAGUACAUAGUGACAUGCAUCAUACUCCAAAAAAAUGGGGCAGGUUUGCACACUGCCAGCUCGUGUUUCUGGGACAACAGUACAGAUGGGAGUUGCACGAUACGAUGGGAGAAUAAAACCAUAUACUGCAUAGUUAGUGUUUUCGGGCUUGCCAUUUGAGGAUGAAUAUCAGCAUGCAGGCCUGUCUCCUGUUCAGUGGUUUCCAAACAUUUUUGUAAGCCUCAUAAACAAGCAAUGAUGUCGCUGUUUAAUUUGAAUAAAACUUGAAUAAAUUUAUCUGAAAUUCUAA